AUGGAUGGUAUGAUGCUCGUCCGAUCUAUGGCAGACUGGGGUUCUCUUACGAGCGUCGAGGAAGACGAAGACAAUCGCCCUACCGAUAUAUUUUACCGGGAUCAUGAAGUCCUUGUCAAAUUUGACAUGAAGGGAGAGGGUAGCUGGUCCGGCUUCAAGUCCAUGAUUGAAAUCCUGGGCUUGUCUUCAUUGGUCAUUGAGCAGUCCCGCUGUGCGUGA